AUGAAUGAUAUUGCUGAACGAACAACUGCUGCUAGAAGAGAAGCCGAAUUGUUAAAAGAUAGAAUUAAACAAAAGAAAGAAGCAUUGGCUGAUACAACAUUAUAUCGAGUGGCACAAACACUAGAAGGAUUACCUCGAUUGAGUAUCAAAGUACGUCGUACAUUAAAAGGACAUUUAGCCAAGAUUUAUGCAAUGCACUGGGCCACCGAUAAACGCCAUUUAGUGUCUGCUUCACAAGAUGGGAAAUUGUUAGUAUGGGAUGCGUUUUCAACACACAAGUUGAAUGCGAUUCCACUGCGGUCUUCUUGGGUGAUGACAUGUGCCUAUGCUCCCAGUGGUAAUUACGUUGCUUCAGGUGGAUUAGACAAUAUGUGCUCUAUCUUUAAUAUCAAAGCAAGAGAUAUACCUUUAAAACCGGCAAGGGAAUUAACAGGACAUACAGGCUAUUUGAGUUGUUGUCGGUUCUUGAGUGAUAGUCAGAUCUUGACAUCCAGUGGGGAUACAACCUGUGCUUUAUGGGACAUUGAUGCAGGUGUCAAACUAUGCGAAUUCACAGACCAUACAGGCGAUGUGAUGAGUAUAUCUGUUUCUACUAGCCAUCAUGGUAUGUUCGUGUCAGGUGCUUGUGAUGCUACUGCUAAAAUAUGGGAUAUUCGAAAUAACAAGUGUGUUCAGUCAUUCAGUGGUCAUGAAUCCGAUAUUAAUGCAGUCCAGUUCUUUCCAAGUGGGAAUGCGAUUGGCACAGGAUCAGAUGAUGCCAGCUGUCGAUUGUUUGAUUUAAGAGCUGAUCGUGAACUCAACAUUUUUACGCAUGAACAAGUCUUGAGUGGUGUCACUUCUGUUGGAUUCUCAAUAUCAGGUCGAUUGUUAUUUGGUGGUUAUGAUGAUUAUCGAUGUUAUGUAUGGGACACAUUAAAAGCAGAAAGAGUGGGUGUCUUGACAGGACAUGAAAAUCGUGUCUCUUGUUUAGGCUUAUCGUCUGAUGGUAUGGCUUUAUGUACAGGCAGUUGGGAUAAUUUACUUAAAGUAUGGGCAUAA